AGUUAGUGUACACGCCGGAGAUGCAGGUGCACUUUCAGCCAGCACUGGCUGCGUUCCAGUCCCUCGGCUCUGCUGCUGCUGACCCGCAGAUCUCACAGUGCCCGGAUAAGGUCUGCCCCACAGCCCGCCUCUGUCCACUGCCGUGCCUGUUAGCACGUUGACACACAGGAGCUGGAGUGGAAGCGGUACCGGACGCGGCCCCGACUCACGAUCGCGGCGGUAGUAGCAGCAGCCAGCAGCUGUCAUGUGAAUCAGCUGGACGAACAAGGAAGGGGAUAAACAACAACACGAACCCGUCUUUCUCUAUCAAGGUCACAUCUGGUGAGGCAGCAGGAUGGCGGGAGCAGAGGUGUUCACCCCUGCGAACCCCUCCUGCAAGAUCAUGACCUUCAGGCCCACCAUGGAAGAGUUCAAGGACUUCAACCAGUACCUGGUUUACAUGGAGUCUCAGGGUGCACACCGUGCGGGGCUUGCUAAGGUGAUUCCUCCUAAAGGCUGGAAGCCCCGUCGUACCUAUGAUGACAUUGAUGAUCUGAUGAUUGAUGCUCCAAUCCAGCAAAUGGUGGCGGGUCAAUCGGGGCUCUUCACUCAAUAUAACAUCCAGAAGAAGCCUCUUAGUGUGCAGGAGUUCAGGCGAUUAGCUAACAGUGACAUGUACUGUACACCUCGCUACCUGAAUUACGAAGACCUUGAGAGGAAAUACUGGAAGAACCUCACCUUUGUUUCACCCAUCUAUGGUGCUGAUGUCAGUGGCAGCCUUUAUGAUGAGGAUGUGGAAGAGUGGAACAUUGGACACCUUAACUCUAUCUUGGAUGUUAUCGAGGAGGACUGCGGUGUAUCCAUCCAAGGGGUUAACACUCCAUAUCUCUACUUUGGCAUGUGGAAGACAACCUUUUCCUGGCACACUGAAGAUAUGGACCUAUACAGCAUCAACUACCUCCACUUUGGAGAGCCCAAGUCCUGGUAUGCCAUCCCCCCUGAGCACGGGAAGAGACUGGAGCGUCUGGCCACAGGUUUCUUUCCCAACAGCUUCAAGGGGUGUGAGGCUUUUCUUCGUCACAAGAUGACUCUAAUCUCUCCUUCUAUACUGAAGAAGUAUGGCAUUCCCUUUGAUAAGAUUACUCAGGAAGCUGGAGAGUUCAUGAUCACCUUCCCUUAUGGCUAUCAUGCAGGCUUUAAUCAUGGCUUCAACUGUGCGGAGUCCACCAACUUUGCCACUCUGCGUUGGAUAGACUAUGGAAAAGUGGCCACACAGUGCACAUGUAGCAGGGACAUGGUGAAGAUAUCCAUGGAACCCUUUGUUAAACGUUUCCAACCUGACCGCUACCCUAACUGGAUGCUGGGAAAAGAUUCUGCUCCUCUUGACCACACACAUGCCACUCCCAGUUCAACACCCGAGCUGCAAAGCUGGUUGCAGAGCCGACGCAAGACCAAACCUGCUAAUAAAGGCAGCAGCCACUCUCGUAUGCGCUCCAAGCGCCUCAGAACCACGGAGGAGCCUGUUGGCCUAGAUGGCAGCUCAGCAUUGAGCAACGGCAAGAGGAAAGGUCUUGGUGGUCCACCUGGGCCCAAGGUGCGAAGGUCCGUGGCAGGGACAACCAGCAGGGAGGAUGAGAAGGAGAAGAAAAAGGAGCCUGACUCAAAGCACAACCCGAAUCAGAACUCUGUCCAGCUUCCUGGUCCUUGCAGACAGAUGUGUGUGGUCAAAGUAAAUCGUGUGGAGAGUAACAGUUUGGGAUUUUCCAAGAAGGAGCCAUCCCAAAACUCUUCCUGCGGAACAUUUCCCUCCCCUGCCUUACCGGUGAAGAAUGACCUAAAGGCAGAGACAGACACUCAUAUUGACCCUCAUCACCUCUCAGGGUCAGGGGUCACGAGCAGGACUCCUGAAGGACUCAGACAAUGGCCUGAGGCCACACAGAUGCAUCCUGAAAAUAAUGAGUCAAGGUGUUGUACUCCUGAACCACAACACCUCCCAACUUCUCAGGACUGCUCUAUCAGGGUUCCUCCCCUGGAGGACAACAAACAUUCAUCUUCUCACAUAACAAGCACUUCUCUUGUGACCGAGGCAAGCUUGUGUCCUCCUGACUCAAAAACUCAGACAGCUAUUUCCUCAUGUAGAGAAGACACUUUAAGCAUAACACCAAACACUGACAGCAGCAUGGACACAGAUGCCGAGAAAUACACUAACAGCACUGCUAAAGCAGAUAAAAUGGACACAGUUUGUGAUCCAAAACAUAUCAAUCCACACUCCACUACAGAAGCACUUUAUGAUAGCAAAAUUGAGCCAGUAGAGGGGGAUAGUUACACAUCAUGUGGCUCCUUCUCCCCUGCAGGACACAAUUGCAGUUUAGAAAAAAGCAGCACUGAGGAAAAUCUUCCCCCUCCUCUGCUACAGAGGAAUGCAGUGGAUAUGCCACAACUCACUCCAGAGCCAGAAGAUAAGGCUGGAAUCUGCCCUCUGCCACCUGUACUGACGCAAGAGAUGCCCUCCCUCACCCUGGCAAAUGAUGGGAUAACUGAGGUCCCAAAAACAACUUUGUGCUGUCACCAGGUUGCACCUGUCCUCCAACGAGAGACGCCAACUGGCUCGCCGUCCUCACAAGAAGCCAAACAGGAAGAGGGCGAAACUGACUUAAUGUCAAAAGAACCCCUCACUGUAGAACAUGCCAACAACUGGCAUUUAGAUUCUGCGUAUAAUUGCGAAGGGGCAGCGGUGUCUGGUUUAGAAGGAAACACGGCUCAUUUAACUGCCAGUGCUCUGCACAAAAUAACAUCUGGUGGUGUCCAUGAAAUGCUAAUAAUGCCAGAAAUUGCUGUAGAAAAUGAUCGCACAAAGCUGGAAAAUGUUACUACUGGACAGAGCGAUGCCUCCCCUUGCCAGCUAGUUCAGAACACUGCACGGCAAACAGAGCAGCAAUACGGCCUAACAGAGUUAGCAAGUAAAGUUAGCUCCGAGGACUCAGCUCAGAGAGACUGUGUGUUGAGUCUAAGCACUGCUGAUUCUCUUUUAACUGGUACCUCAAACAAUAAUCCCCCAGCCCCUUCCCCUCCUUUAUGCACUCACAGUGACAGUCACACAGCAUUACAACUCCACCACAACACUACAUACUCCCCCUCACAUUGUACGUCCCAGAACCCAUACAUAGAGCCCAAACCAUUCUCCAGCAGCAUCUGGAAAAACUUAAAUUCCCAGAGUUCUGCAGUACUCAUCCAGAGUCUGAACCCUGAACUCCCUUCUGACUUUACCCAUGACCCCCUACCUUACACCAUGUGGACUGAGCCUCAGUGCAAACAGGUCACAGACCUGGAGGACCCAGAACAAGACCUCCGUGAGUCAGUAAACCAGGAGGAGGAUGGUGGGCCUCUCACCUGGGCCCAGCUCGAGCCCACCUCCUUAGUUUCAGUCGGUGCUGUCGAGCCCCUUGGGCUUUGUGGAGAUUAUGAGCUUCACAGAGGGGAAGCAGAUACGUCUGAAGCCCUUUCCUUGUGCAGGGAGCUUGGGAGACAAAGGGAGGCAGAGGAGAGUCUCCACUCAGACACCGCUGUUUCACCUCUCGCAAUGGGAGGAGGUGAACAGGACGGUGUGUCCGACAUGGAAGAAGGGGGAUCUGAUGGCGAAGAGGCGGAGCAGCAAAGUAGUGCCAAGGGAGAGAACAGCAGCGACUCGUCUGAAGAGGAGGAAGAAGAGGAGGAAAAUGAUACCAGUAACUACAAGUGUUAUGAAUCAGGCCUGGAACCGGGAGAGGUUUGUGCCUACCCUGCACUUUCAGUGAAGAGGACCACUAAGAGCUGGCGUCACCCACUCAGGAAACCUACUGCAAGGGCUGUACCCACUGCAGUGAAACAGCAGGCUGCCAGUGAUGAUGAGCCCCCUGAAGCAAACCUGGCAGAGGAGGAGGAGCAGGAAAUGGAAGCGUGGGCAAAGCCCCUCAUCUACCUUUGGCAGAACAGGAAGAGCUGCUUCACAGCAGAGAGGGAGUACAAUGCACAUGCUGCCACCAUGCAGCCAUACUGCGCGGUGUGCACACUCUUCAUGCCCUAUUAUCAGGCUGAAGACAAAGCAGAGGACAACAUGGCUCCUGUACCUACGGACACCUCCAAACCUCCCUCUCCAGCGGAGGCCCCGACACGUCCGUGUAGAGGUCUGAGAAGAACCAAGCCCCUUGUUCCAGAGAUCUGCUUUUCCUUCCGGGAGCAGAACUGCCCCCCAACCCCCACGAACCCUCUGCUGCAGGAAGAUGGCACCUCUCCUCUGCUCUACUGUGAGGGCUGUUGCCUGCAAGUCCAUGCAAGUUGCUACGGUGUCGCUGCAGAUGAUGUCAGCGAACAGUGGUCGUGUGAUCGCUGUACGGAAGGAAGCUUUACAGCUGAAUGUUGUCUCUGUAACCUCAGAGGUGGAGCCCUGAAGAAAACCCAAAACGACAAAUGGGCCCAUGUGAUGUGUGCAGUAGCGCUGCCAGAGGCGAGGUUCAGUGAUGAAGCCAAGAGGAGUCCCAUUGAUACCAGUAGGAUCCCCAUGCAGCGAUAUAAACUGAGGUGCAUCUAUUGUCGUAAGCGUUGCGCGGGGAAGCGGCAGGCAGGCGCUUGUAUCCAGUGCUCAUGCGGCCGCUGUCCCACCUCCUUUCACGUGACCUGCGCUCAUGCUGCCGGUGUGACCAUGGAGCCUGAUGAUUGGCCGUAUGUGGUGUCAAUCACCUGCCAUAGACACCAGUCACGGAGUUCGUCAGCUAAGCAGCGAGCGUGCCAAGCGUCCAUCUCAUUGGGCCAGACGGUGAUCUCCAAACACAAGAACCUGCGCUACUACAGCUCAAAGGUCACCGAGAUCAGCUCCCAGAUGUUCUACGAGGUCAUGUUUGAUGACGGCUCGUUCUCCAAUGAUACCUACCCCGAGGAUAUAGUGAGCAGAGAUUGUGUGAACUUGGGUCCUCCUGAAGUCGGGGAGGCUGUUCAAGUGAAAUGGCCUGAUGGGCUGUUCUAUGGUGCCAAAUACCUGGGAUCUAAUGUCUCCUACAUGUACCAGGUGGAGUUUGAAGACGGUUCUCAGGUGCUGGCCAAAAGAGAAGACGUCUAUACAUUAGAUGAAGACCUGCCCAAAAAGGUGAAACGUAGACUUUCCACGGCCUCGAGCAUGCGUUUCCAGGACGCCUUCUUCACCACGCAGGGGGAGAGGAAACGACAGAGGACACCCAACUCACGCUUCCAGAAAGACUAUGUGGCCCUGCCAGGCCUCCGUACAACUGCCAAAAGCACAUGGGAGCAACGCAGCCACAAAGGGAAAUGAAGUCAUGGAGAAGGAUCGAUGACAAAUGAAUGCACUGAGUUAACAGUGGAUGUAGAGGGGAGGUUGUCUGUGUGAGUGGAUGUAUGAGUAUGCUUGUGUGUAAGUUAUUGGAUCUACUUCCAUCUUAACCACUCACCUUCCCCUUGUUUGGAUCAGAGGAUGUAAGGGAACCGGUGAUUUGGGCUUAGAUGGAUGUUAACUUGCGUGUGCUUGUACAUAGAUCAGCGAUUGGUGAUUGGAUGUUGCGACAGGCUGGAGAAGAAUUUUGAUUGGACAGCUGGACUCUAAUGAAAGGGUUAACCGAGGGCACCGUUGCCUCAGCUGCCUCGUGCUUUCACAUCCGUCAGGGAAAAUAAAAGUGACUGACAUUUGUCACAACACCCUUUUUGAAAUAAACAAACUUUUUUUUCUUUGUACAUGAAAAAUUCACAGGUGAGAUUUUUCUAAAUAGCCUGCGGUAGCUUUUUGGGCACCUGUUAUUUCCAGUUUUGAUUUUGAAUAUUUAUGCACUUUUGCUUGUAGUAUUUUGUUCAUGUCUUACUGUUUCUCCCCGCAUGUUAAACAUCGUCUCCUAACUGCUUCUGCUGGGCUGAGUCCAAUCACACUACAGUGGCUUCCUCUCUGCAUUGUAAUUUACACGGGGCAACAAUCAGUUGUUUAAUCGCUUCUGAAUAAAAAAAAAAAAAGAAAAGAACCAACCAUGUUAAUCACUUCUUUAGGUGACAGAGUCAGACGGGAAGUCACGUCUGUGUGUCUUGGACUCUGUGUCCCAAUUAACGUGAAAUGCUACUGUUGCUCUGUUGAAUGAAACACAUUGUUGAAAUUAUUUAAAAUUUGUAUUUAUUUUUGGCUUGCUAUAGUUAAACUAUUGCUAACUGCUGUAAGGAAAACAAUAAAAAAUUACCUAUGUUUUUUUUAUUAAA